CUUAGUAAACAUUUAUUGGUGCCCAAGUUGCAGACAGUUCAAGAAAUGAAUGGAAGCAACCAGAGUGGAGUCUCCGAGUUCCUGCUCCUGGGGCUCUCAGAGAGUCCUGAGCAGCAGCAGGUCCUGUUUUGGAUGUUCCUGUCCAUGUACCUGGUCACAGUGGUGGGAAAUGUGCUCAUCAUCCUGGCCAUCGGCUCUGACUCACGCCUGCACACUCCCAUGUACUUCUUCCUGGCCAACCUCUCCUUCACCGACCUCUUCUUUGUCACCAACACAAUCCCCAAGAUGCUGGUGAACAUUCAGUCCCAGAACAAAGCCAUCUCCUAUGCAGGGUGUCUGACACAGCUCUACUUCCUGGUCUCCUUGGUGGCCCUGGACAACCUCAUCCUGGCCACGAUGGCAUAUGACCGCUAUGUGGCCAUCUGCCGCCCCCUCCACUAUGUCAUGGCCAUGAGCCCUGGGCUCUGUAUUUUGCUCCUCACCUUGUGUUGGGUGUUUUCUGUCCUCUACGGCCUCAUCCACACCCUCCUUAUGACCAGGGUGACCUUCUGUGGGUCCCGGAAGAUCCACUACAUCUUCUGUGAGAUGUACGUCCUGCUGAAGCUUGCAUGUUCCAACACCCACGUCAAUCACACAGUGCUGAUUGCCACAGGCUGCCUCAUCUUCCUCACUCCAUUAGGAUGCACAAUCAUGUCCUAUGUAUGGAUUGUCAGAACCAUCCUCCAAAUACCCUCAGCCUCUAGCAAGUACGGAGCCUUCUCCACCUGUGCCUCCCAUUUGGCUGUGGUCUCCCUCUUCUAUGGGACACUCUGUAUGGUAUAUCUGCAGCCCCUCCACACCUACUCCAUGAAGGACUCAGUAGCCACAGUGAUGUAUGCUGUGGUGACCCCCAUGAUGAACCCUUUCAUCUACAGCCUGAGGAACAAGGACAUGCAUGGGGCUCUGGGAAGACUUCUCCUAGGGAAAGGCUUUCAGAGGUCGACGUGA